GCGACCGAUGCUGGAAUUUGAAGCAACAUCGGCAGCGGGAGGGGGGCUCCAGCGCCAGCCCGAGGGAUCCAGGCAGGCCUCCGAAGGUUCGAGUUGAAGUUUUUGUGUUUGUUGUUGUUGCUGUCCCUUCCAGGAGCCCCUCGCAGCUCCAGGAGGUGCACGCCUCCUCGCCCCCGCUGCACGCCGUGCCGCUCUCCCAGGACGCGGCCCUGCCGCCGGGGGCGCCCAGGAAGAGCGCGUCGGACCCGGAGGCGGUGCGGCGGCCGGGGGAGGAGGAGGAGGAGGAGGACGUGGAACGGUCCUUGGCCAGACUCUUUACCCAGAAGCUGGCCAGCCGCCCGUCGGACGCUGGUAGCCAGGCUGACCUGGCGGCGCUGGCGCGGAGCCCGGCUCGGAGCCCGACGCGCGGCAGCCUCAGCAGCGACCAGACCGCGGCAGCGGCGGCCUCCACAGCGGCUCCUCGGCCGCAGGCGCCUGGCCCGCCCGCGGCCGAGCCGCAGCCAGCCGCAGCGCCGCGCACUGCCUCGGCGGGGCAGGGCGGAGUGGCGAAGCCGCCCGCUGCGCGCGCGAAGCAGGAUGGGACGACGCCAACCCUGGAGCUUCACCCCUGGGUGCAGCGCGCUCCCCCUCCCGCGGGUGCCUCGGGCGGCGCGGGGCGGAGCGGGCUCCUGGCGGGCUGCUGGCGGCGCGCCACGUGCUCCCAGCGCGCGGCGGCGCUGGCCACGCUGGGCAUCGUGGCGCUCCUCGCCGCAGGCUCGGCCCCCGCCGUGCUCCAGCCGCAGGAGCCGGCGCCGCCGCCCCAGCGCGGGCCAGGGCUGAUGCCAGCACCGCAGCCCUCCGCGGCGCCCUCGGAGGAGCAGGUGCCGACGCCAGCGCCGCGGCCAGGGCCUGCGCCAGAGCCGUCCCCAUCCAGAUCCCAUGGGAAGGAGCCAGCGCCGUCGCCUGAGCCCCAGCCGCAGCCUGAGCCUGCGCCUGCUCCGCACGGGCACAAGCACGGCCUUGCGCCGGCGCCAGCCCCUGCCUCGCAGCCCUCCCGGCCGCACUCGGAGGAGAAGGUGCCGACGCCAGCGCCGCGGCCAGGGCCUGCGCCAGAGCCAUCCCCAUCCAGAUCCCAUGGGAAGGAGCCAGCGCUGUCGCCUGAGCCCCAGCCGCAGCCUGAGCCUGCGCCAGCUCCGCACGGGCACAAGCACGGCCCUGCACCUGCGCCAGCCCCAGCACUGCAGCCCUCCCCGGCGCAUUCGGAGGAGAAGGUGCCGACGCCAGCGCCGCGGCCAGGACCUGCGCCAGAGCCGUCCCCAUCCAGAUCCCAUGGGAAGGAGCCAGCGCCGUCGCCUGAGCCCCGGCCGCAGCCUGAGCCUGCGCCUGCUCUGCACGGGCACAAGCAAGCCCUGGCCUGGCAGCCCAGAACCGCUGCUUUACCCGGCGCUCUCGGAGGGGAAGGUGAGGACGCCAGCGCCGCGGCCAGGGCCUGCGCCAGAGCCAUCCCCAUCCAGAUCCCAUGGGAAGGAGCCAGCGCUGUCGCCUGAGCCCCAGCCGCAGCCUGAGCCUGCGCCAGCUCCGCACGGUCACAAGCACGGCCCUGCACCUGCGCUAGCCCCAGCACCGCAGCCUUCCCCAGCGCACUCGGAGGAGAAGGUGCCGACGCCAGCGCCGCGGCCAGGGCCUGUGCCAGAGCCGUCCCCAUCCAGAUCCCAUGGGAAGGAGCCAGCGCCGUCGCCUGAGCCCCGGCCGCAGCCUGAGCCUGCGCCUGCUCUGCACGGGCACAAGCACGGCCCUGCGCCUGCGCCAGCCCCAGAACCGCAGCCUUCACCGCCGUACUCGGAGGAGAAGGUACCGACGCCAGCGCCGCGGCCAGGGCCUGCGCCAGAGCCGUCCCCAUCCAGAUCCCAUGGGAAGGAGCCAGCGCCGUCGCCUGAGCCCCAGCCGCAGCCUGAGCCUGCGCCUGCUCUGCACGGGCACAAACACGGCCCUGCGCCUGCGCCAGCCCCAGAACCGCAGCAUUCCCCGGCGCACUCGGAGGAGAAGAUGCCGACGCCAGCGCCGCGGCCAGGGCCCGCGCCAGAGCCGUCCCCAUCCAGAUCUCAUGGGAAGGAGCCAGCGCCGUCGCCUGAGCCCCAGCCGCAGCCUGAGCCUGCCCCGUCCCAGCACGGGCACAAGCACGGCCCUGUGCCUGCGCAAGCCCCAGCACCGCAGUCUUCCCGGCCGCACUCAGAGGAGAAGGUGCCGACGCCAGCGCCGCGGCCAGGGCCCGCGCAAGAGCCGUCCCCAGCCAGAUCUCAUGGAAAGGAGCCAGCACCGACGCCUGAACCGCAGCCACAGCCAGAGGUUACCCCGUCCCCGCACGGGCACAAGCACGGCCCUGCGCCUGCGCCAGCAACUGCCCCGCAGCCUUCCCCGCCGCACUCAGAGGAGAAGGUGCCGACGCCAGCGCUGCGGCCAGGGCCCUCGCCGGAGCCAUCCCCAUCCAGUUCUCACAGGAAGGAGCCAGCACCGUCGCCUGAGCCGCAGCCGCAGCCUGAGCCUGCGCCAGCUCCGCACGGGCACAAGCACGGCCCUGCGCCUGCACCAGCCCCAGAACCGCAGCCUCCACUGGCGCACUCCGAGGAGAAGGUGCCGACGCCAGCGCCAGAGCCAUCCCCAUCCAGAGCUCAUGGGAAGGAACUAGCACCGAUGCCUGGGCCCCAGCCGCAGCCUGCGCCUGCCCCAGCCCCGCACGGGCACAAACAUGGCCUUGCGCCUGCGCUUGGCUGUGGGGGGGUGCCCCCUCGUUGUCGUCGUCGUCGUCGCCGUCGUCGGAGGCGUCGUUGUCC